CUCUCCUCGGAGAAACAUCGCUGAAAGAAUGGCUCCAACUUACACUACUGACUACUCCACACUUUCCAACAAAGAUAAGCAUAAAUUGAGAAAACCUGCCGUGGAGAAAAUGCGCCGAGAUCGCAUCAACAACUGCAUCGAGCAGCUCAAAACCAUGCUGGAGAAAGAGUUCCACCAGCAGGACCCAAACACCAAGCUGGAGAAAGCCGACAUUCUGGAGAUGACCGUGGUCUUCCUGAAACAGCAGCUGCAGCCCAAGUCCUCAGCUCCACAGAAAACUCACUUUGACGGCUAUUCCCAGUGCUGGAGGGAGACCAUGAACUAUCUGUCUGUCAACUCCAAGACGGACGGCGUUCGUCAACAUCUGAACCGCUGCCAGGAAGCCCAGAGAUCAGCUAAAGAUGUCAGUCUCCUGUCUCCAGUCUCCUAUCAGAGCAGCAAGGUCAUCGUGAAGCAGGAACCGUGUGCUCACACACCUCUCUGGAGACCUUGGUAGACACUCAAAGACUUUAUUACUGAAACUAGAUGGUGGUUUUACCAUCUCUUAUGUUGUAGGAGAUUUGUCCUUUAUAUUUAAUGCACAUUUGUUUUGAAAAUGUAUUUGUAUGCCGUGGAGGGAAAUGUGUUUUCACAAUGUGAAAUGAUAAUCUUCUGCAAAUGUUGUGAUCAGAAGAGGUUGUUUGUAAUGCCUCUAUGGUUUUCCUCAUGGAUGGACAUUAAGUUUAAUACUUAAGUUAUCUUCACAAUGAAGAGUCGAGGGAUGUGUGUCUGACUCCUGUGGAGUUCAAGUAUUUAUUUGCGAUGUUUGCUCAAUGCGUCAGUGCAUGUUGUUGUUUCUUCUUUAGAAGAAUGUGAACUUUCACAUGUUGAUAAUAUAUGAUGUCAUAUUAAAUUAUGUGAACAUAUUGUCACAAAACAAUAAACC